UUGGUUUUAAAGCAAUUUUUGGAUAAUUUUUUUUGAAAUUGAAUAAUCCAAAAGAGGAGAAGAUUUUUCAACUAACAAUCUAAAAUUGUCCUCUAAAAUUUCCCCCAAAUCGACGGUGCAAAACGGAUGUAUUGAUGCGCUGUAUGGGUGUGUGUGUGUGUUGCUAUCAAACGUCAAACAGCGAGUCCGUGUUUGCGGGAAAACAGCCGUUCACCAACCUUUUCCAACGCUGUGCCGAAUAGAACGCAUUAGGAGGUCAUAUUUCGGGGAAGAACACUUGUGCCACACACCGGAAAAAUCCUGCUGCCAUCAUGCUGGACUGCCAUUACUAUACGGUCCAAUCGGGCGAGGAAACUUUUAUGGGCUAUGUAACGAAGCGUAAGGCUGCCCUUAUCGACGCGGUACAGCUGCUGCCGAAGGAGGAAGCUGCGCACGAGGUGGAGCUGGCCCUCAACUUCAUGCAGUACUACAUGCACCUGGAAGACGAUGGUCUGAUUGAUCAACCGAAAGCCCAGCACCGGGUGCUGAUCGACAGGCGGAAGUCGGUGUUCGAGAUUAUGCUGGAUUUGCAUUCGGCCAUGCGUGCCACUUGCGUAGGCUUCAAGCUAUACUUCUACGGCGAAAAUCCUAUUACGAGCGAGUUCAUUCAGCUGCUGCUACAGUACCCCUCGUUUUCGUCCGGGGAUGGCGAUAAGCUGACGCUGACCGGUGAAAUCCCACUGCACAUGGCGUACUGCACCAUGAUCGUGUUCGAUUCGUGCGAUCUCGAAUCGGCAAGCGAUCGAUUGGCACUAGCGUGGAAGACUAACGAUGCACCGUGGGCCAUCCGUAGCGUGUUGGUGCAGGAGACCAUCAAGGAUGAAUUCGUUCAGCUCGUUAAGGGCAAGCUGAAGCCGUUCACGGACGAGCAGAGCAAGUUCCUGAAGAACGCGCAGCUGAAAGCGAUCGAUGCAGCCAAAAGCGUCGGUGCACAGCUGGUACAGAGCGAUUCGGAUGCAAGCGAAAUCAAGCCAAUGCUUGCGUUCGUGCCAGGAGUCCAGUAUCUGCUGUCCACAAACACUGGCUCCGUUCAGCCAAACCCGAUCGUGGCCGUUCAAGCUUUCCGUACCGCGAAGGAAGCAAUUUCGCUGGCAAACAGCGCUAACGGUGGCUCGGUGUCGCUGUGGACCGAAGAGCUAUCGCUAACGUUCGAGGUUGCGUACGGGUUGCGCAGUCCGACCGUUUGGGUGAACAGCUACGCCGAGUUCAACCCGGACUGUGCGUACACGUUCCGUAAGGAUGAUUUCUGCUACGGGUCCGAAUACGCUGUCUGCGAGAAGAAAGUAAAGGCCGUCUUUACACCGAGCGCCGCUACACCGUCGAACAGUGCGGAGAAAAAUCGGCUCGCGAUCAAGAGCCUCGGUACGUACGUGGCCAACAAGCGCAGCUACCGGGGCAAUACGGUACAGCUGAAGAAUGGCAUCCGGUACGAGUCCAUCUGUGGGCCGGCAGAAUUGGAAGCGUACGACGAAGGCCAUCGGCUGACCGUGGUGGAAAACUUCUGGGACACGUACGUGUCGCUCGAUGCGAUCGAUCGGCAUCUGCUGCUCGAUACGGUACACAACCAGCGUAAAGUGAUUUGCAUUCCGUACGGUGUUACGUUCGCUAACUGAAUCUUGCCUCCAUUCCAGUCGGUUCUGGUAGCUGCCGUACGUACGUUCGUGAUCCGGCCGAGGAAGAAAGUGUUGCUUCAUGGUCACGAACUCCUCGUACACAGCCGCUCGAUCGAUUACGAUGAAUCUAUGAAUAAAAUGUUACUUUGUUUUCUUAACAAAAC